GCAGGACUAAAAGUUGCAAUUUUCAUUUAGGAAAUUGUUGUUUCGGAUUGAUUUGAGGCACCUCAAAUGGUUUAAUUGCAAACGCAACGUGCUCGUUUAUUGAUUUUUGCCCCGACGCUGCAUACAAAAACUAUAGAUAUAUUGAGGCCCAUACGAUGAGCCUAAAGUCCAGUGCACGGAUAAAGAAGCGACGCUCAGCAGAGGCUGCAGCGGCGACCACAGCACCAUCCUCCGGCUCCUUUGCGGCCAUCAGCAGCCCGCGGGUUGCAGCCACAAGCAAUAACACUCACAACAGCAACAGCAAUAGCAACAGCAACAGCAAUGCCGGCGGCAGCAGCAGCAUUCCAAAUGCAAGCCAGACUCCUCUCAGUAAGAAGCACAAUUUCGUGGGUCGCAAUCCCAAUUUUGAUACGGACGAGACGAAGCUGCUCAUUCAGCUGUGGGGCGAUCCGAAGCUGCAGCGCACCCUGAUAACCACGCACAAGAAGCAUGCGGUCAUAUGCCAACUGGCGGCCAAGAUGCAGGAGUAUGGCUAUCAUCGCUCACCGGAGGAGAUCACGACGCGCAUCAAGAAUCUGAAGUGCUUCUAUAAUCGACUCAAGAAGGACAAGGAGUGCGGCCUGGCGGGCGAGACGGAACCCAGCUGGAAACAUUUUGCCGAAAUGGAUGCCAUUAUGACGCGUCCCAUAUUCAGUGUGCGUCCCAACGAGGUUCCGGCGCCUUCGCUCAAAUACCAACUGGAACAGGCAUUGGAGGAGCACGCCGAGCGGCGCAAGCGUCGCCAGGAAAAUGGCGAGGAGUUGUCCGACAGCGACAACGAGGAGGAUGAUAUGCUAUUGUCGUCUCUAGUGCCCAAUGCCGCCAACGGCAAGUCCAAGCCGGAAGAGGCUGGCGAAAACGAAGCCGACGUGCAAAUGGAAGUGGACACGAGUGAGGAGACUUUUGCCCCGCUCAAAGGCGAUAAAAGCAGCACAGGCAAGCGGCGCAAGCUGUCUUCCGAGCCAGAUCUAAAUAUUGACGAGGCACCAGCAACAGGGCCACGCAUAAAGACUGAGCCAACCAACCAGCCGGAGACAGUGGCUGAGUCAAGCACAGCAACAGUUCCUGCAGCUAUUCCUGCAGCAGCGGCUGCCGCCGAGCCCGAAGAGGACGAUGACUGCAUGCUGUUGCCGCUGCCGAAAGAGGAGCCCAUCGAUGUAGAUGCCGUUGACGAGGCCGGGGCCGACUCGCCAAAAAGUGCCAGCACGGGCACCGGAGUCCCCGGAGCGCCCGUCCGCUCUGUGAUGCCAACACUGACAGAUAUGUUACAGCUGCCCAAGGCUGCCAAUCUGCUGCCCUAUAGCGGCGCCAAUGUCAUCAUACCGGCCAAUAGCAUCAGCACCAGCACCAGCGUAGCCCAGCUCAGCAGCACAGUAUCCACCAGCAGCAGUACGGCCAGUGGCAAGCUGACACCAGGCAAGAUCUCCUUGGUGCCCACGAAUUUCCUGAUGCAGCCCAAACAGGCGAGCAAUGCGACAGCCAGUAAAGCGGUCGGCACAGCGGCUGGAGCUCAGCUGCAGCUGCUGCAGAGCGCCAUCAACCAGGGUGCACGCUUGAUGAUCAGCGGCGCUGGCCCGGCACCCGUACAGACAGCAGCCAACACUGGUCUAGUCACGGGACCGGGCGGCGUCAAGUUUGUGCUGGUUAAUGCGGAGCAGGCAGCGGCUGCCAAAGCAGUGGCAGCGGUCGGUAAACCGAACGCUGCGUCGGUUGCGACUGCAUCGUUGCCACAGCAGCAACAGCAGAAGCUGCUCCAGCAGCCAGAGUAUAUUCCACAGCAACAACAGCAACAACAACAGCAGCAGCAACAACAACAGCAGCAGCAACAGCAGCAACAACAGCAGCAAACUCAGCAGCUGGAGAAGAAGGAGGAGAAACGCCGCGCACAGGAGAAGGCGCGUGAGGAGCAGCAGUCGAAGCGACACAUGACAACUAUGCGUAUUAUGUUGCGCCAGCUGCUCAACGCCCAAAACGAGGCCAAUGAGAUUCAACACAAUCGCCUAUCGCUGGAGCGGGAGCGCCUUGACUGGGAGAAGUCCGUAGGCGAACGUUUGCUAACACUGUUGCCGACAUUGCUGCAGCCAGCUGCAACAGCUAUGGCAGCUGCCAGUGCCGUUCAGCCAGGAACGCCGCAUCAGUCGCCGCAGUUCAUAGUCUCGGGCUCGGCGGCUGGCUCCGCGGGGCAGCGCUUGCAGCCACCCAAGCUGCUCUUUACCACAGCUCUGCCCAUGGCCAAUGGCACGGUGUCCAUGCCGCAUAUACUCACGCCCAGCAACGCGUUGGGCACCUCGCUGCCCAAGGUCAUUGCGGCGCCUGCUUCUUCGUCGUCGACCACUGGGACAGCGGGGACUAUCGCGCCGAAGCCGGUGGAAAUUUGCACACAAAUCAAUGAUGUUCAGCUUGUCACUCCCAAGCUGGAGAAGGACGGCUAAAGCUGAACGAU